GAACGCGCACUUUGGAUGCGACACAACUAUGCCGGGUAGGCAAAUCUUAAUUACGGUGCACAUCAAUUAUGUAUUACUGCAAUACUGGAGUUUUUUUUAUUUUUAUGAAUUGAGUGAAUUACAUUCUUUAAGAAAAAGCGAAUAAUUUGCUCGCUUAAUUAGGUUACUCAGAGAGAAGGACAUCAUUGAACAAUCAGUGAUUGCGUGUAAAGGCUGAAAAAACGAAAUUAAUGAAUAAAGAAUUCGCUACAGCAUACCUACAUCUUUUAUUUAAGGCUCAUGCUGGUAAAAAAAAAAAGAUCUGCAGACAGCAGGAGCACAGGCACGCCUGACUCUCUCGCAGACAUCCCACCCAUGUGAUCUCACAGGCGUCCUCCCUCCACUCCAGUCAGGAUCCAGCCUUUCAGCCGGCAGCAGCUAAUGAGUCUUUGUGUGGCUAGGGUGCAGUGGCGGAGACGGAGAGGAAGGCCAUGAGCGGAAUACUUAAGAGAAGGUUUGAGGAGGUGUCCUCCUCGCCGUGCUCCUCGUUGCGGGAGUCUGAUUACGAGGUCUCCUGCAGCGAGAGCGGGGACAGCAGCGACAGUGUCAACCCCUCGGCCUUGGGUACCUUCACCCCUGACUCCAUCCUGAAGCGAGAGAAGCGUGUGAGGACGAGGAGGGUGCACUUUGAGAACGUGACGGUGUACUACUUCAGCCGGCGCCAGGGUUUCACCAGUGUGCCCAGUCAGGGAGGCAGUACGCUGGGCAUGUCCAACAGACACAGCUGUGUCAGGCAGUUCUCCCUGGGAGAGUUUGCCCUGGAGCAGGAGAGGAUCCACAGAGACAUGCUCCGAGAUCAUCUGAAGGAGGAGAAAAUCAACUCCAUUAAACUCAAGCUGACUAAGAACGGUACAGUGGAGUCGGAGGAGGCCAACACGCUCACGGCUGAGGACAUCUCUGACGAUGACAUUGAUCUGGAAAACACGGAGGUGGACGAGUACUUCUUCCUCCAGCCCCUCACCACGAAGAAGCGCCGGGCUCUGCUGCGGACCUCGGGGGUGAAGAAAAUUGACGUGGAGGAGAAGCACGAGCUGCGGGCCAUCCGGUUGUCCAGAGAGGACUGUGGCUGCGACUGCAGAGUGUUCUGUGACCCAGAGACAUGUGCGUGCAGCGUAGCAGGAAUCAAAUGUCAGGUGGACCGCAUGUCUUUUCCCUGUGGCUGUACCAAGGAGGGGUGUAGCAACGCGGCCGGCCGGGUGGAAUUUAACCCCAUCCGUGUACGGACCCACUUCCUGCACACCAUAAUGAAGUUAGAGCUGGAGAAAAGCCGUGAGCAGCAGCAGGCCUCCCCUGCCAAUGGUUACCAUGGCGAAAGCCACAGCCACGGCAACCCGCUGGUCCAGACCCAACAUAGUCUGGAGUACUCUCUGACAGACCCAACACUUCAACAGUCUGCCAUCAUUCACCUCCAGACAGCUGACAACAUGGAAGAGCAUCUAGAUGAUGAGGAUGAGGACGAUGAGGAGAAUGAGGAGGAUGAGGAGGACGAAGAGGACAACAGCAGUUUAUGCAGCGGACUGUCUGACUCCAGCACUCAGAGCUUGGCUAACAGUGACUCUGAGGAAGAAGAGGAGGAUGAGGAUGAGGAGGAGAAGUCGGAGGACUUUGAGGAUGGUGUGAGCACGCCGCCUGUGUCCCACACAGAGGUUGUUCCCCUGUCCUCUGUGUUGUGUUACUCUGAUGGCACCUUGCCACAGGACAACCACAUUGAAAAGCACAUGAAUGGAAACUCUUAUUUACUCAGCUCCCAAGCCAAGUAUUAUCAGCAGAAGAACCCCAGUGCUGUUGCAUCUGCCAACGGGACGGCCAGCCAACCCAGUGAAACUUACGGAGAGGCCUUAUCAUUCCCACACCCAGUUAGCACUAGCAAUGGGGCCAUGCCACAAGGACCAUACAACAUGGCCGCCGACAAGGCAGAGCAGUAUACAGACUUCCCCCACCAGGCUGAGGAACAGUACACCAAUCAACACUUUACCCUGACCAACGGCAGAGCAGCAACCACUGCCAUGGGCUGCUGCACACCUGACCUGGAAAACAACAUGGUCCAAUCUAAAGGAACAUUCCCUGAGCAGCCUGGGGGCAUUAGCCAGAUGGAGUCCCACAACAACUACCUGAACAAUAAGAGCUCCCAGGAAGGCUACGGUAGUAAUGGGAAGUGUUUUGUAACAGAGCAGCCAAAGGAAGUGUCUCGUGCUAAUGAUUUGUCUGAAGGGCCUUCUCUAGCAGACAGUACAAAGACACCUGCAUUAGCAGAGAAUCUCCCCCAGGUCGCACCAGUUUAGUUGGCCUAGCUUACCUGUCUGUAGACUUCAUGUUGUGUCUUUUCUUAAUGAACGACCCACUGGGCACAGUUCAAUGUCAACUAACGUGAAUUCAAUGUGAAAUCAACAACAAAUGUUACCGUGUCACUGGAUUUAGGUUAAAAGCUAGGUGAAAGAAAAGACUAAAUGCCCUUACAUUGAUUAUUUUUUGCAAAUCCAAUCAGUUUUUGACAUUGAUUCAAUGUCAUCGCAUAGAUUUUUAGGUUGAAAUGACGUGGAAACAACAUUGAUUCAACCAGUUUUUGGCCCGUGGGAAGGCUGACCAAGUGUUGAAGAUCUUUAUGGCCUUUAAUGGGAACUAAACUUUCCAAGUAAUUCGCAAGACCUUACAUUACAUAGACAUUACUUAGCUACUGGAUCCAUAAUGAGAAACAUUUCUAUUGAACCCGCUGAUUUCUAGUAUUCUAAAGUGCAAGAUGGAAUCAGUCAACAAAAACUGAACGCUAUAAGCCUGUGCAUUGUAUCUCGUAAUUUUAAAGGUAAAGUUUUAAGCAUAUAUUGUGAGUGGGACUUUUCAAUGUCUGUGUCAAAUGUGCAAAAGAAAUAUUGUCACAGUUUAUUUAUUGGUUCUGAAGUAUGUGUAUACUUAUGUUUUGAUAACUAUAAAUGCAUGUUCUUUUGGGUCUUAAAAUGGCAUUUAUGAGAAAUUGACCACGGUCAAUUUGGGGUUGAUAAAAUCUGUCUCAAUGUACUGUACAAACCUUAUUAUUGUGUUGUCACUUGUAAAAUCCCCGCUUUUAUAUGGUCUGGAAAAGCUUGAAACAGACUACCACUUGUAUUUAUUUAUUUAGAAUUAUAAUGCCAAGAGCAUCAUUUCAUUGGAAACAUUCAGGUGUUUAGACCACUAAUGUACUUUGACAGCUCUCAAAGACCAUAUACAGCUAUCAAAUAUAUGGGAACAACAGGACAAUAAUAUGAUCAGUAAAUCAUAUUUUAUGGGGCUUAAUUUAAAAAUAAACAUGUCAUAAUAAAAAAUACAAACUGGGGACAACAUAGGUAUUGCUGAGUUGGACAGGGAAAUGAUUUCAAGUACAUAUUUACACAAACGUUCCAUUCUCUUAUGACAACUGACAGUAAAUACCUGAAGAGAUUGGUUGUACAGA